AUACUGUUUACAACCAUGGCUCAGUUAGCUACUAUUUUGUCGGUAUUUGCGAUAUCUUACAUUUCUUUAAUAAUUGUAAGCAGUGGCGAGAUUCCAAAAACGUACGACGAGUUAUACAACAGCGGCAUCGAGGCGUAUACAUCAGAAGACUGGUAUGGGACCAUCGACAGUUUAGAAAAAGCUAUCGCCGAAUUUAAAUUCUAUCGCUCUAGUCUGGCAACUUGCCGUCUGAGGUGCAACAAUGUUACCAGUCAGUUUGAAGACGGCUAUUUAGAACAAUUCGAUGAUCUUUUUUUCUUCGAUCGCGUUCUGAGAAAAGCAGAAUGUUUGACGAGAUGCAAGGACAAGUAUUUGGGUCAUAGACCUGAGCGAAUCAGUCAAGAAAUCACCAAUGACUUCGUGCUCAACGUUCCUUACAGUUAUCUGCAAAUGGCAUAUUAUAAGACUGACCAAAUGGAAAAGGCUGCAUCUGCUGCUUAUACAUUCCUGCUAGCCAAUCCUGAUGAUGUAAUGAUGAACAGUAACAUGGAUUGGUACCAGGCUAAUUCCGGAAUAGAGAACCUAGUUAUGGAAGACAUGGAGGCUAAGCCGCAUCAGCUAGUUGGUGAACCAGAUAAAGCUGUGCAGUGUGCCGUUAGCUAUUUAUUAUUUCUACCUGAGGACGAAGUCAUGACUAAGAACAUGGAGUUUUAUGAGACACAGACUGGUAUUAAUGUAGACAGUUAUCAACCAAGAGAUGACGCCAAACUCUACCACAGUAGAGUCACAGUGGAAGACUCAUUGAAAAAGUUUGCUGAUAGCUUUAUGACAUUGCCCAGUAAUGUUGUUGCUGAUACACCUGUGGAAGAGUUCAGUGAGAAAAAAAAAGGUGAUAUAGAUGAUAUUGAUGCGAAUAAUAUAGAAGACGAUGUGGAGGGCGAAGAUGUGAUUAUUGAAACCAGCAAAGCCAAAUAUUUCGGAGAGAUUCAAAAUGAUGAUGAUGAUGAUGUGCGAUCAAAUAUGGAUAACGUUACCAUAGUAAUGACAGAAAAAGAAUUGAACGGUACACUAAGGAUGGUAGCCGAUUUGUUUGCGUCACAGAUGCAGUGUGAUCAGUUAAUAGAACUGGCCUUGGCUGGUGCAGUAGAGGGUGAUGGUUAUAGUGGUAAAGCUAAACCCCAUACAACAUUUGAAACAUUUUCUGGCUUAACGGUAUUGAAUGCAGCAGAG